GGUUAUACUGACAGGCCAGACAGGCACACCCGACUGUAAUCCUACUUCCCUGUGGGACACAUAAUAAAUCACACUUCGAUAGGUGAUAGGGGUCGGGGUGGACGAGGACAGAUUUAUCGCUGUGCCGGGAAAGGUGCUUGCCGGGGCAGUCUCUCGGAGACAGGUGCGAGUCAGUGUAUGCGGCACCGAUCUGCAGGAAGCCACGCACCUCCCAGGUGCAAGUGAAGCCUACCUGUGCCCUCAGCUUGCCAACUGCGCACAUUGAUAAGCUACCCAGUCACAAUGACAGUCACAGGUCAGGAGGUGAUCCUGAGACCGAUUGUUGCCCUCUGGUUUACAGCACUGGUAGUGCUACCAGUUGUGUCUGUGCUACCGCCGGAGUGGGUGACAGGUUCAGCCUAUUCGGUUAGAGUGUUCGAGAACGCUACUGUUGGUACCACUCUGAGCACUAUCAGUGCCAAGUCUGACCCAUCGAACACCAACAAGAGUGUGACAUUUCUGUUGCCGGACUUAAGCGCCAAGCUUGUUAAUCUCAGUGAUGCUUACAACUCAGCUCCGGAUAUAUGGAGUGCUCAGGUCAUUCUGGCAGCUCAACUGGAUUCUGAUUAUGAACCCAGUGUACGAUAUUUGUAUUUUGAAGCACAAGAUGAGGUCGGAACAAAGAGUUCCACGAGUUUAACCCUCAACAUCUUAGACGUCAACGACAACCCGCCAUCAUUUCAAAGGCUCCCGUACGAUGUGUCCGUGCCUGAGAAUCUACCUGUCGGCAGCAUACUACCUAUACUCGUUACAGCCAGCGACCCUGACAUAGGCAUUGGUGGCAUUGUAAAUAUGUCAUGUGUGUUUCCGGAUGAACUCAGUGAGACUUUCAUGACUGAAGGUGUGUUUUUCGCCAUUAACAUCUCUUUGAAAGCACCACUGGACUUCGAAACAAGAAGCUUUUACUCUUUCCCAGUUGUAGCUCAGGACCCCGAAGGACUAAAUGCCACAGCCAAUGUCAGGGUGACGGUGACUGACGUGCAGGACACGCCUCCCUUCUUCCUCCUGGACAGCUACAGAGCAGCAGUCCUGGAGAACCAGGCAGUGGGAACCUCCAUCAUCAAGGUGUCAGCAGAGGACGGGGACCGUAAUCCACAGAAUGACAUCAGAUACUCGAUAGUCAGAGGCAACACUGACUUCUUCGCCGUGGACAGCGUUACUGGUGUUAUUACCUCCCUUGUUGUGCUGGACAGAGACAAUGAGACGAUGGUGGGCAAAGAUGGCUUCUUCGAUCUUGUCGUACAGGCGAACGAGACGGACGAUGUUCAGCCACAGCUGGGCAACACCACGCGGGAAGCUGCGGUGGUCGUGGUGGUGCUGGAUGACAACGACAACCCGCCAACUUUCAAGAGCUCGGCGCCCUACACGGCUUUUCUGAGAGAAGAUGUUGCCAACGACACACUCGUGUAUUUUGAAGGCGAAGGCUACAUCUUCGUGUCGGACGCUGAUCAGGGACAAAACUCUCAUUUCAACUUGACUGUCGAGCGAGGUGGUGUCCCUUGGCCUGCACUAGUACCCACCCCUUCUGACGUCGUUCAGGAGGCUCUGGUGCUGCUGCGAGUCAGGAACAGCGCUGAUAUAAGAGAGGAGGCAGGGAAACACAUUAACAUCCAGCUGGUCGCCCGAGAAGUUUCAACCUCUCAACGGUUCUCCAGCACGGCAAACAUCAUCAUCGCAGUGGAGGCCAACCCUGAGGUGACGACGACUCCAGCGCCUUCCAGCGGAUAUGAUGUCACUGCCCCAGACAUCGUUGUGUUCGUGAUCGGUUUCCUCGUGGUUUUCAACAUCGUCACCACGGUGCUGAUUAUCUGCUUCAUGCGGAGGGGAGGCAGACCUCCGAGGGAAGGACAGGCCAAAGGUGGGGCUAAGUAUUACGUCAGCGAUUCAGGGGAGGGUGGUGGUGGCGCUGCGAUCCACAAAGGGUCAUUAGAAAGAAACGUGGGGUCAGACAAAGAUGCUAAGCGGCAGUCGCUGCUCAAAGCGUAUGACGAGGUAUCGAAGAUGGAGCCAGCUCGUGUCGAAACACGUGACCAUCCUGCGGGGGAUGACGGGAAAACAACUUGCCCCGUUGUCCUGACAGCGACAGCAAAUACUUCACAGGAUGCCUCUCCGAAAAACAACAUCCUGGCGGUUUCGACAGCCACCGACCAGUCUCAUGACCCUACGAAAGACACUACCAGCACUCCUGUCACCUUCAUCAAUCCGUCAGCAGCGACAUCUACUUCCGGGCCUGACGAGUCUGGCGUCGAGCCCGUCACCCGAUUUAGCGCCAACGGUCGGGUAUCGACUGUGAUGAAGCCAAAGUCAGGGCUGGGAGAAUUACUGGCAUUGUCAACUACCUCAGCUGGAACGGAUACUAGUCCACUGAUAACCUACUAGCCACUCUGUCCUGUCUUCAACGUGGCAAGAAAAUGGGUGUUGACACAAAAAAAGGGACACGCAUGUGUUACAUUUAUUAGAACGUGCAGUGACACUAAGAAGAAAUGUUAAUUUAGACACUUCCACGAAACUUUCAUUUUUGUUUUACGUAGAACAGAACUUUGUCAGCAAAACUUAAAUAAAUAAUCGGCAGUGAGCAAGUAGUUACCAUCUUAUUAAUAAGUUAAGCUCCCAUUCCACGAUAAAUCAGGAUGAAAAGCCGCUUUUCUUCGUGUUCGGGGAAUACGAAUAUAUUUAUCGAUGGCUAUAAUAGGAAAAUAAUCAACGAGAAUGUUUUCGCGUUUUUAUUCGCGCCAGAGUUGAUGGAGACUGCUAAUUGGUCUUCCUUACUAUUUCAGCAUGAAAAGCUCGUAAUUUUUUCAAAUUUAUUUGUUCACAGGUUAAAGCAUGCAGAAGUGAGCUGAUUAUAUAAAAAAACUGAACUUUUUUAUGUGCGGAUCUAAAGACAGAGGAUGUUUUACACACUAACGCGGAGAAACAGUUCUAGAGGAAUGCGAUGAUGUAUUGUAUGUGAAGUUCACACGGUAGCAAGCCUCGCGCUGUCAUUUGAUAAAAAGAUUAUUUGCCGAGUACUUCAAGCGUGGCUUUUCCCACGGCAAUGACACUAGUGAUUGAAAGAAGGUGACUGCCUGCCCUCUGAACUGUGUUGGAAAAGGAAGUAAAAUGUCAAAAGGGCGCUCACGUGACCCGUGUUUUAUGACAGUACCCAUCAGUAUGCAGACUGAAAGAAAGGUGGGGAGGGAUGGAAAAACUAACCGUGUGAAGAACUGGACCGGCGUGUUACCGAUCAUCUUUAUCAUGAGUGGGUCGUUGGAGACAAUCGAACUAUCAUGUUGCAUCUGUGAUGAUAUGUCGAGCCUUUAACGAUAGCCUAACCACAAUUUGUCUGAAACAGUUCCAUUGAAAGGAAUCAUAUACAUGACCACAGCGCGAUCGAGGCUUCAAACUGCGUACCUGGACUCCAUGAUUGAGCUGUUACCUGGAAUUGUUAGCGAGGCAGUGCUCAUAUUAUAAUCACCUUUCUCCUAGUUAUUGGCCACAACUACAAGAUGGUGGUGAGCACAUUGCCACCUCAUAGUCUGACGAACUGGAGGUGUGACCGUGGGAAGUUUAAACCGUUUUGCGUUUUGAAACAGAUUCCUGUCCCAGGUGACACAGUUCCCUCUGUCCCUCAUUGAAUCACGAAACCUUUGCUUGCUACCCCACCCAUUACUAAAUCUGAAACUUAGCUCUUACAUGUCACUGCUAUUUUUAUUUCUUGUUCCUGACCACACUACCUUGUGACUGUGUAAAUAUUGUGCUGCAGGAAACUCCCGUGAGAAAAUUCUGCGAUUUUGGAAGAUAAAUGACACCUGUCAAAUUUAAAGCAAACAAUCGUACAAAUGAUUAAAUAUCUUUAUACAGCUGAAUAAUUGCGACACAAAAGUGAAAUAAUAACAGUAAUGUUGAUGUUUAUGACGAUUUUAAGAUGUUGUAUAUACGAAUAAAGAAACAUUUACAAUAAACAGAAAACGAAACCUUAAAA